AGACUACUUCGCAACCACCGGCAAGUGAUGUCUUUAAACACUGACGUCUGUCAUUAAAAAGUGGCACCAUUUGAUCAUGGGCUGCUUUGUUUCCUGAUGUGAAUAACAUCUGCCAGGAUUUCUGUUCCAGUUCUCGUCAUUCGGUAUACGUUGUAGGGCCCGAAGCACUCACAUGACUGUUUUUGUACAUAUCAGUGCAAGUUCAUAAAUUGCACAACUUGUAGCCUCCGAUAAACCCACCCACCUAGUCGCUCCAAAUGACUCGAAUUCGUCGAGCCUCACAAACUUCUGAAGAAAAACAACCAGGCGAGGGGGAGCUCAUUGAAGCAGUACCUUUGCCGACACCUCUUCCAAAAACACAGCUAGCGAUCCUUCUACUCGUUCAGAUGCCCGAGCAGCUGACCGCUUCUGUGAUUUAUCCCUUUGUGAACCAGCUUGUCAGGUCAACAGGUAUCACAGGUGGAGAUGAGCGCAAGACAGGCUACUACGCAGGUCUAAUUGAAUCUUUGUAUUAUGCAGCCGAGGCUGUCACAAUUCUGCAAUGGGGUCGCGUGUCUGACCAUAUUGGAAGGAAACCAAUUAUUCUCGUUGGGCUUUUCGGGGUUACCUUGUCUAUCGUCUCCUUUGGAUUUUCGAAUCAAUUCUGGAUGAUCAUCCUCAGUCGUUGUGCACAAGGUGCUCUUAACGGUAAUAUUGGCGUGGUCAAAUCCACUAUGACUGAGAUCACUGACGCCUCCAAUGUGGCACAAGCAUUCGCGUGGCUGCCGUUGGCAUGGGGGACUGGUUAUACGCUAGGAUUACUCAUUGGAGGGGUUCUCUCAGACCCAGCAGCCAAAUGGCCAAACGUUGUCGGACGCUACCCCUUAUUCCAUCGGUAUCCUUAUUUUUUGCCCUGCAUCGUUGCUGCCAGCGUAUCCACAUUCUCCUGGUUUAUCAGCUUAGUAUUUCUCAAAGAGUCGAGGCGAGGCAGUGCCUUCAGAAAUGGAUCUGUGAGCCAUAGUGAUGACACGGUCGUACGGGCUGUCACGAUCCACGACAAACCUGCAGACACCCAGAUCGACAUACCACCUCACAUGCUAGAUGAUGCAGAGAUUUCCGUUCCAGUUUCCAGUUCCAUUGAGUCUUCGAGGACCGAUUUUCGCGCGAUUCUGAUCCCAAGCAUCAUAAUACCAGUCCUGCACUAUGGUUUGCUGAGUUUCGUUGACCAGUGUAUGCUGGUGCUAAUGCCUCUCAUGUAUUCGACAUCAAGUUCACUCGGAGGGCUUGGUUUUAGUAGCAACACCAUUGGGCUGGUGAUGUCGGCUUGGGGUACGUUGAACGGUGUGAUACAGGUUUAUAUGUUUCCGCGAUUGUUGCGGAAACUUGGACCAAAGAGGUUAUAUAUCACAAGUUUCGCCUUCUACCUCAUUACAUUUUCCACCUACCCAUUAAUGGGUUAUAUGGUGAAGCGCAAGAUGGAAGCAGGAAUGUGGUUGAUUCUUUGCGUUCAACUCGUUGCAUAUAUUGUUGCGUACAACACCUAUAGCUGCAUUAUCUUAUAUAUCAACAACGGGACGCCAAGCAAGAACUUGCUGGGUGCAACAAAUGGCCUAGCGCAGAUGCUAGGUUCCGUGAUGCGUGCUAUUGGACCGAUAGCGGUAUCUUCACUGUUCGCUCUGUCAUUGGAGAAGAACCUCCUAGGCGGAACAGCCAUAUACUGGAUAAUGUGCACGAUCGUCAUAUUGGUGCUCGGUUUCUCGACAUAUUUACCAAAAAGCCUUACCUGAACAUCGUCGUGACACGAGUGGGAACGAGAUAUUUCCCUGAUUUUCAGUAGUUUGUAUGCAAACGGAUUCAGAGGCGACCGUACAAAGUCUACUUAGACUACUACCAGAUAGAUGUAAAUGCAAAUACCCGUGGUGUAUUCAAUA